AUGGAGAAAGCAGUGAGCGAUUGCUUACAUGACAGUCUUGAAGAGCUGACAAAGGAUGAGCUCAAGAAAUUCAAGUUCAAACUGAACACAUUUAAGCUGAAGAAGGGCUAUGACAAUAUCCCCAUGGGUAAAUUAGAGGAAGCAUCACCUGUGGACCUAACUCGCUCCAUACUCAGCUACUAUGGACAGGACUAUGGGGUGGAAGUGACAGUGAAUGUGCUGAAAUCGAUAAACAGGAGAGAUCUGGCUCAGAAACUCUCUGAGACACUGAGACCUGAAGUCUUAAAUCUACAGCAGGAAUCAGAGACUUCUCCAGAGCCAGGGGAGAAAGAUGGUUUAAAUCAGAGGCUGGAAUCAGAAAUGCAGCAAGACCCAGAGCCGAGGCAGAAAGAUGAUUUAAACUGGGAGCAGGAAUCAGCAACUCAGCAAGACCCAGAACUGGAGGAGACAGACCUUCCCAAAGAGACUCUGCCUGUGCCAGGAGAGAAAAAUGGUUUAAAUCAGAGGUUGGAAUCAGAAACUCAGCGAGACCCAGAGCUGGAGGAGACAGACCUUCCCAAAGGAAAAGAGAAUGAGAACCCAGAGAGGGCAACAGCCAUGGCCUCAGAGACUCCUGAAAGGGAAGUGGAAGAUGAAGCCACAUGUCCAAUUUGUCUGGAUUAUUUUAGCGACCCAGUGACUGUAGACUGUGGGCACAGCAGCUGCAAAACCUGCAUCACUACAUACUGUGACAACUGGGAAGAGGGAAAUCAUGGCCCUUUGUGCUGUCCCAUCUGCAGAGAAAAGAUUGAGAAAGUGAACUUCAGGCCUAACUGGGAUCUGGCGGGUUUAGUGGAACAUGUUAAACAAUUGGGAUUAAAACCAGGAAAAGAGGAAAAAGAGAAUCUGUGUGAGAGACACAAGGAAAAACUCAGUCAGUUUUGUGAAGAGGAUGGGGAACUCAUAUGUGUGGAGUGUGACAAAUCCCCAGUACACAAAACGCACACAGUGGUUCUCAUUAAGGAGGCUGCCCAGAAAUAUAAGGGUCAAAUUUGUGUCCAUCUGAAUAAUCUGAGUAAGAAGAAAGAAGAUCUUCUGGAAAUUAAAUUGAAUGAGGAAAGGCAGAGUCAGAAACACCAGGAAGAGACAGAAACUGUGAGGAAAAAAAUCAUGUCAGAAUUUGAGGAACUGGAGAAGAUUUUGCAGGAACAAAGGGAACCUUUGCUGGCUCAGCUGGAAGAGCUGAACAAGGACAUUGUGAAGAGGGAGAAUGAAAAUGUCACCAAACUCUUUGAGGAGAUUUCUUUUCUCAGUAACCUGAUAAAGGAGUUGAAAGAAAAAUGUCGGCAACCAGCGAGUGAAUUCCUGCAGGGCAUCAGAAGCACCUUGAACAGAUGCAAGCAGGUGAAAGAUCGGCCACCAGUGGAGAUUUCACCUGAACUGGAAGAGAAACUAAGUACUUUGCACCAACUUGGCGUUGUUAUCGAGGAGAUUCUGAAGAAAUUUAGAGCUGCUUUAAACAGGAAACAGGAACCAGAAACUCAGCAUGCCACAGUCUCAGGGAAGAAGAAACUUUGCUCAGAGAGACCAAAAGCCCUUCAGUACAUUGAGUCAAAGUUAAAAAUGAAGAAAUACAGAAACAGGAAACUAAAGCUGAGAGAUGUCCAGGAAAUCACCCCAGAAAGUGUAAAGAACUGGACACCCCAGACAACAGGAGAUUUACCAUGGCAUUUCCUGAGGAAGCUCAUGGCUCUGAACGGGACAGCGAGAAACACAAACCUACAGCACAGGGCACCUGAUGAUCAAACAUUAAGUAUGGACAAAGAGGAUCUGGAUAUUCAUGAAGAUAUUUUUCUUCUCACUGACACUGACACCAGUGAUUCUCUGCACCCCCUCGAUGUUCUCUGUGCCGUUCUGCUUUGCUCAGACAGUUUCCUGCAGCAGGAGAUCCUGUCCAGAAUGUCCAUGUGCCUGUUUGCCCUCCCUCUGCUGCUACCUGCCCUCGACACCCCCAAGUGCACCCUACUGCUGUGGGCCAUGAGGGACAUUGUGAGGAAGUGGAGGCCGCACUCCCUGGCAGAGAGCAGAGGGUUCAGAGAGGAGAGCCUGGUGCUCACGUCAAUGCCAACCAUUUCCUUUGUGCGGCUGGGGAGCUGCAGCUUCUCCAAGUCCAAACUCCUCAAUGAGGUUCUCAGCCCCUCCCAGCAGCACCACGAUUCCUUUAUCCACUGGGACAUGGAGUCUGGUAACAACCCUCGGGAAAUCGCAGAUGGGCUGGUUGAGAUUUCCUGGUAUUUCCCUGCUGGGACGGAGAAUUCAGAUCUUUUCCUAGAGCCCGUCGCGGUUACGAAUCUGCGUGGAGACAUUGAGUCCCACUGGCCGCAGUUCACCUUUUUAACACAGGUCUCCUCAGCAGUGUUCAUAGUUACUGAGAGCAUCAGUGAGAGAGAAUACACACUGUUAUCAUCUCUGCAGGGAUCAGCCACUAAAUACUACUUCAUCUUUAAUAAUCAGGCUGCGACAUCCAAGGAAACACUGGGAUUCCUGAAAAAUUUAGUCCCACUGCUGAAACUCAGCAACUCACAUGUGCUGCAGAAAGGACGAGCUACAAAUGAGGCCACAUAUGUAAAAUCUCUGCAGUCUGCAAUAGCAGCCGUAAUGACGUCUUCUCCCAAGAGAGUGAGUAUAGAAGCCAUGGCUGAGACAGCGCGUCAAUUAGGCAUCCAGGUAGAUGAGGAUACUAAGGAAUGUCAGCGUGCUAGUGAAUAUGCAAAGGAAAUCACUGUACACAUAAAAGAUGUGGCAAAGUACAAGAGGGAAAAGCUAAAACUCCAAGGGGAGCCAUGGAAAAACUUGGCUAAAGUGGAAAAAGUACUGUGCCAAAUGAGAAAGCAAGGAAACAUCCCUCUGGAAAAAUACAAGUCUCAACUGAAAGAGAAAUUAAUAGAGUUACGUGUCCAGCAGCAUGAACAUGACCUGACUGAUGGUUUGACUACAUUUAUUACUGGACUAGGCCUACUGCCUCCCGAGGAGAAACGUUACUUCCUGAAAUGGAUGAAGUUUGACCUGGAUCACAUUGCUUGGGAGAAUCUUUCUAAACUACGGGAUCAAUAUAAAGAGAAAUGCAAAAACUCAAAGGAUGACCCCAAAAUGUUUGCAGAGUUAGACAAAUUAAUCUCUGCCAGUUCCUUAGGAGUGGAGCAUUUCAUGCGUGAGUUGGGGCAGUUCUACGAGGCUGAACACGCAAUGGUGAAGGAAGGUAAAAUGGCAGAAAGCCAAAGACAAUUCAUCCAUCUCCCAGGCAUAGCAGCUGACCUGAUGCUGGAAGGGUUUCCCAUGGAGCUGAUCGAUGGAGAUGCCUCCAACAUCCCACUGCAGUGGGUGACAGAUGUUCUGACUCAGCUCCAUGCCAAGCUGGGGGGAAGGUCCAGAAUGCUGGUUCUAACGGUGCUGGGAGGGCAGAGCACUGGGAAAUCCACUCUCGUCAACACCAUGUUCGGCCUGCAGUUUGCAGUGAGCAGUGGCCGAUGUACAAGAGGAGCCUUCAUGUCCCUCAUUAAAGUGGCAGAGAACUUUCAGCAGGAGCUGGGCUGUGAUUUCAUCCUGGUGAUAGACAUAGAAGGACUGAAAGCCCCUGAACUGGCCAAGCUGGAGGACAGUUAUCAACAUGACAAUGAUUUGGCCACACUAGUGAUUGGACUGAGUGACAUAACCAUUGUUAACAUGGCCAUGGAGAACGCCACCGAAAUGAAGGAUAUUCUGCAAAUUGUUGUCCAUGCCUUUCUCAGAAUGGGGGAAAUUGAGCAAAAACCCAGCUGCCAGUUUGUGCAUCAGAACGUCAGUGAUGUCUCUGCGCAUGAACAAAACAUGAGGGACAGGAAACACCUCCUGGAGCAGCUGGAUGAAAUGACCAAAGUUGCAGCAAAGAUGGAAAAGAAAAGCAGGGAGUUGAAAUUUUCUGAUAUUAUUGAUUAUGAUCUGGAAAAACACAAUUGGUACAUUCCUGCUCUGUGGCAUGGAGUCCCUCCCAUGGCUCCCAUGAAUAUGGGAUACAGUGAAAAGGUUUAUGAAGUAAAGAAAUAUUUGUUUGAAUUUCUGAAAGGCUGUUCACAAAACAGAUCCCCCAAGGACAUUCCCCAAUUCCUUGAAUGGGUGAAGAGUCUGUGGAAUGCUGUAAAACAUGAGAACUUUAUUUUCAGCUUUAGAAACAGCCUUGUCGCUGAAGCCUAUAACCAACUCUCUGUGAAUUAUGCAGAGUGGGAAUGGGGUUUCCGGAAGGAGAUGUACCUCUGGGUAUCUGAAAAGGAAACUUUCAUCCAAGAUCAGCCACCAGAUAAACUAGACACCAAUAUUUUAACCAAACUAAAGAAUGAGGCACAGGAAAAACUGAGGCAAGACGCAGAGAAGAUUUUGGAUAAUUUAAAACAGUAUUUUGAAAGUGGAGCAGCAAAUCUGCACCUGGUAGAAAAGUACAAAGAAGAAUUUAGGAGAAGUGCAAAUGAUCUGAGGAAUGAACUGGAGAGUUAUUCAUUCAGCAAGUUAGAAGAAGCGACUGAAAUUAGAAAAGGUCAACAUAAAACAGAUGCUAUCCUGUCAGUGUACAAGACAAAAAUUGAAGAGAAAGUUGACAGGCUUCUGAACCAUUGCAGGAAAAGAAAAUGCAAAUUAAAUAAUGAUGAACAGGAGAGAGAAUUUAAAACCAUGUGGACAGAAACAUUGAGAGAAUUAUCACUCAUUCCUCUACUGAAACGCAACAUAGAUGAAGAAAUGGAGCUCCAUCUGAGAAAAGACCUAGAGAAUAAGGGAAGUGCUGUAUGGCAGAUGUUACAGGAUGCCAAAAGCUUACCUACUUAUACAACACAAAAUUUCAAAAUGAAAAAUGAAUACUUAGACAUAAAGGUGUUCAAAGCUAUGAAAAUAUCAAUGUCAGCUAUGAAAGAAUACUUUGGACAUGAAUGCUGGCUUAAAACAGAGGCCCUUGCUACAUCCUUAAUAGAUGAGUGCAAUAGUUACUCUGAAAAAAAGGUAAAUGGCAAAGCAGAUUAUGAUGAAACUUAUUGCAGAGAGUUGUUGUGGAUGAUUGAUGAGCAGCUUCAACAGGCGAAUGUUGAAAACCUUCACAUCACUGCUUGCUUUGAAGUUGACCUGAAGCUUCACAUUUUAGGGGAUGCAGCUCGUGCAUUUCAGAAGAUGCAUGAAGAAUUCAUUAAAGAAAAUGAUCCUGUGCAGCGUCUGGGGAAACUGAAACCUCAGUAUCUCUCCACAUUCAAAGCUCUGUACUUAGAGAACGAUGAGUGUCAAGACAGGGCCUGGAAUUUCUGUGAUCAGUGUCUCAGACCUGCCCUGGUGGACUGUGUGAACAGGAGACUUGGGACAGAAAUUGUGGAUGACUUUCUCUGCGAUGAACAGUCUAUUGAGUACUGCUCCCGGAGCUUUUUCCAAUUCAUUGUUCUGAAGCAGCUGUUGGAAGAAAAUGACUUUAACAAUUAUGUGCAAUACACAAGGAAUUAUGUAGAUUUUAUCAAAACCCGGAUACAGAAACACGUGUUAACACGCUACAAAGAGAAGGCAAGUUUGGGAGAUUUGGAGACAGGGAUUAUCUUCCGAAUAAUUAAUAAACUCCGUUAUGUUCUGAAAAACUCCAAAGGUUUGAAGACUAAGACAGUCUCUGCCUUUUUAGACAACUUUUGUGAAAAGCUGCAGCCUGAUCUAGUCAUUCCCAGGGACAGCUUAGAAGUGAUACUGUUUAAAAACACAGCAAGUGCAGACCAGUUUUCAUCUUUUAUAGAACAGUUUAUUCCUGAUCUGCAAGAACAAGUUUUAUCCACUUUUGAAAAUCUGGAAAUUGAGUCAAAACUCUCCAAACUUACAGUGAAGCCCCAGGAUGAAAUCCUCAAGCGAGUGUUUGGCUGUGGGAAGCAGUGUCCGUUCUGUAGAGUCCCCUGUGAAGCAGGAGGCAGUGACCACAAGGUGCAUUUUGCCUCACUACACCGACCUAGAGGAUUAGUGGAAAGCCAAAGGAAUAAAACAAAGACACUUGUCUCUGAUAUAUGUUCCUCUUCAGUGGCUUCCAGUAAUACAUUCAGAUGUACAGAGACAAAAUGGGAGGAUCGUCCUUAUAAAGAUUAUCAGAGAUAUUUUCCAGACUGGCGCAUCCUGCCAGAUCCCAGCAUCACAGCUUCUGAUUACUGGAAGUUUGUUUUCAAGGAAUUCAAUCACCAGUUUGCUGAGGAGUUUGAUGCUCUCCCUGCCAAUCUCCCUGAUGACUGGUAUAAAAUAACCAAAGACCAGGCACUGGAGAGCCUAAAGGAAGCCUAUAGAUUGAAGUAAAAACCAGGCUGAGAAACUCUGUUGUGAGCGGAAAGUUACAGAAGUUAAUUUUCUUUAAAUGUGGCAUGUGAAAAAAUCUCAUAUCUUCUAAAUAUGGAAUGUCGUUUCUCUUUUAAUAUCAGAGACAGGUUGCAGCUUCCAAACAGAUAAAGAAACAAUGGGUUUUUUUCACAUUUCACAUCACAUAGAAUUUAUGGCAAAAUUAAAGCUGAGGAAAAGACCCAUAUGUGGAGUUUCUGCAUCUUUGUCUUCAGGACCAAAUGUCCAAAAUCCCAAAUUUGUCCUCACCACUGCAUUUUGCUGGUGCAGUGGUACCAUGUAGUGACCUGCAAACCUCCAAAGAGCCCCCUGAAUACCGACCAUGCACUUCUGCUACUUGAAGCAUCACUAACCUGCACUUUUGCAGCUAAUCUGACACCAAACAGCCUGGCCCAGAUGCUCACCUCCCUGGGGAAACACAUGGGAGGGAAAAAGUACUUCAGAGACACCAAUGAGGGAGGUUUGCAGCGUAACUCAAUGGAGAAGGGAGGGAUGCAGGCAGCAA